AUGGACGAGCAAUUUCUGUCCUUGCUGAGGGCGUUGCUGGAGCCGAGUACUGAGGUUGUCAAAAAUGCAACCAGCCAACUGAACCAGACGUACUUCAAAUCGCCCUCCGCAAUCCCAGCGCUCAUACAGAUCAUCUGCAAUCAUGACCAGCCUGAGCUACGCCAGCUGGCCGCGGUAGAGGCGCGCAAACUGGUCUCGAAGCAUUGGAACUCACUACUGGAAGAUCAGAAACCUCAGCUCCGGCAAGCGAUCCUGCAAUCCACAAUAGACGAGGACAAGCCACUCCCCAGACACAGCAAGGCGCGCGUGGUCGCGGCCAUCGCGAAGAUUGAUCUUGAAGAUGGCCAAUGGACAGAGCUGCCGGGUGUGUUACAGCAGGCCGCCACGAGCAGCACGGCGAAGCACCGUGAGGUUGGGAUAUACAUGAUGUACACCCUCCUCGAAGCCAUGCCAGACAUGUUCCAGGAGAACAUGGGCCAAAUGCUGACCCUCUUCAACCGCACCAUCCAAGACCCCGAGUCCGCUGAGGUGCGGGUGAACACCAUGUUGGCUCUGUCUGAGCUAGCCCUGGUGCUCGACACAGAGGAGGACGAACAGAGUCUCAGAGCCUACCAGAGCACCAUUCCUCAUAUGGUCAAGGUCCUGCAAUCUACCAUCGAAGCGGAGGACGAAGUACGCGCUAUGCAGUGCUUCGACGUGUUCAACAAGCUGCUCUCCUACGAAUCCGCCUUCCUCAACCAGCACUUCGGCGACUUGAUCCAGUUCUUUAUCCAAGUCGCGUCAAGAUCCGAGAUCGACGAGGACAUCCGAAGUCAGGGAUUCUCGUUCCUCAUGCAGAGUGUGCGUUACCGCAAGAUGAAGGUGCAGAGUCUCAAGGUGGGCGAGCAGAUGAUGUCAAUGUGUCUGCAAGUCUCUACAGAGCUCGAUGCUCUCCCAGAAGACGAGGACGAUGUUUCGCCAGCUCGAUCUGCUCUUGGACUGCUGGACAUCUUGGCAGAAAGUCUUCCACCAAAACAGGUGGUGGUACCGCUUCUCAAGGCGAUCGGACCCUACGUUCAGGCUCAGGACCCCGCCUACCGAAGAGGUGGCAUUCUCGCCCUCGGAAUGUGCGUUGAGGGUGCUCCUGACUUCAUUGCUACACAGCUUCCAGAGAUCCUUCCUCUGAUCCUACACCUUCUUGAAGACUCGUCAGCCAGCGUGCGGAGUGCGACGCUCAACACAGUCGCACGACUGGCUGAUGAUCUUGCGGAGGACAUGGGCAAGGAGCACGCUCGCCUGAUACCAGCACUCGUCAAGAACUUUGACAUGGCAGUCCAAGGGAUGCGGACUGCUCCAGCCUCAUCGAAAGAGCAUGAUUUGGACGUUUACAUUGUCAAGGGCUCUUGCAUGGCCGUGGACUCGCUCAUUGAAGGGCUCGAUCAGGAGGAUGCCGCCAAAUAUGUCACUGAGCUGGUACCUCGCUUCGCGAUGCUCUUCGAGCACGAGGAUCACAAGAUCCAGAUGGCGGCAGUCAGUGCGGUAGGGUCCAUCGCAUCUGCUUCUGAAAAGGCCUACCAGCCGUAUUUUGAGCAGACGAUGCAGAGUCUGGGCAAAUACAUAAAUGCCAAGGACAGCAACGACGAGCUCGAACUGCGUGGCAUUGUGGUCGACACACUCGGGAAGAUCGCAACUGCUGUUGGUCCAGAGCAGUUCCAGCCAUACGUGCAGCCACUCAUGGCCUCAUCUGACGAGGGCCUGCACUUGGAUCACCAGAGAUUGAAAGAGACAAGCUACAUAUUGUGGUCAACAUUGGCUCGUGUGUAUGAGGAGGAAUUCGAAACAUUCCUCCCUGGUGUUGUCAAGAGCUUGUUUGCGUGUCUGGAGCAACAAGAGAUCGAUUCCGAAGUACAGCUCGGCGCUGAGGCAUCUGACCUCGUUGGCCAGGAAGUCACCAUUGCCGGCAAGAAGAUCAAGGUUGCUGGAGCAAACGGCGUGAAUGAGGAUGACGCUGAUGCCUCCGAUGUUGCGCAGGCUCUUAUGGAUGCUGGAGAAGACGACGACGACGACGACAGCGAUGAUUGGGACGAUCUUGGGGCUGUGACGGCUGUCGCCAUGGAGAAAGAGAUCGCAAUUGAGGUGGUUGGUGAUGUCCUCACGCACACCAAGUCGAAGUACAUACCACAUAUGAAGCAGACGAUUGCGAUAGCCGCCCCACUACUGGAGCACACCUUCGAAGGCGUGCGACGCAGUGCUAUCAGUACCUUGUGGAGGGCAUAUGCCUGCGUCUGGGGCCUGGCGGAAGACGGCGGCAUGGAGAAAUGGCAGCCCGGCUUACCUGUUCAAGUCACGCCCGGGACCGAUCUAACACAGCUGGGUGAAGUGGUGAUGAACGGUACGCUUGCCUUGUGGGAAGAGGAGAUGGACCGGGCAUGCGUCACCGAGAUCAAUCGCAAUCUCGCAGCUACUCUCAAGCUCUGCGGACCCGCCAUUCUGACGCCCAAGCAAGGCACCACCACGUCGACACCGCUUGAACAAAUUACGGCACUUCUGCUGCUAUUGCUUCAGAAGCAGCACCCCUGUCAAAAGGACGAGGAUGAUCUUGAUGGGGAGAUGCCACUGGACGAGGAGUCAGCGGAGUACGACUGGCUUGUCAUCGAGACUGCCCUAGAAGUCGUGGGUGCUCUUUCGACUGUACUCGGAGAGAUGUCUGGCGAGCUAUGGCCUAUCUUCGAGACACCGCUCAUGAAGUACGCUUCUUCGCAGGAGCGAUUCGAGCGGUCUUCUGCUGUCGGCACAAUGGCCGAUUGUGUCCAGUCGAUGGGCGCGGCUUGCACGCCGUACACUCAGAAGAUCAUGCGUGUGUUCGUCAAGAGACUUUCCGACGAGGAUGCUGAAGUGAAGAGCAACGCUGCCUUUGGCACCGGAUUGCUGUGCGCCAAGAGCACCAACGACAAGGAGGUGCUGUCCAACUACAACACCAUCCUCGGCAAGCUGGAGCCUUUACUCGAUGCCUCUUCGACCGGCUCUGAUGAUGCGCACGCCCGGCUACUGGACAAUGCCGCUGGUUGCGUCAGCCGGAUGAUCAAGAGGAGUCCACAACACGUUCCACUUGAGGAUGUCCUGCCGCGCCUAGCGGAGAUCUUGCCGCUGAAGGAGGAUUACGAUGAGAACGAGCCGGUGUACGACAUGAUUGUUACUCUCUACCAGCAACAGAAUCAGGUAGUGCAGCGUUUGACGCAGUCCUUGAUGCCGGUGUUUGAGAAGGUGCUGGGGCCGCCGGAGGAGCAGCUGAGUGAGGAGAUGCGUGGGAAGGUUCAGCAGCUUGUGGAGUAUGUUAGGAGGUAG